CUACCAUACCCCUCCCUUUCGGUAGGUUGUUUGUUUUUUAACAUGCCAAUUCUCAAACGUGAUAUAUUCGAGAUGGUGCAAGAUUGGAAUUUUCCCCUCCCCCCCGACUCCUGGUAUCUCAGAUCAAAAUUCUGCCCCUCCCCWUUUCAAUACUUUCCGACUCAUCACUGAGCCCUGAAACGAAUCCUGGGUUUGUUCRCCGUGUUGACUACGGUACUCGWACUCGUACCGGCCGGUUGGUACCGGUACGGGUACCUGACAUCUAACUAACCCUACCCCAGCAAAUCGUAGAUGUAAUAGUGCGUACAUAGAGGUACGCGCAGAGUAUGUUGUGCGGACGGCGCCGCACAACCCGAUCCAGAACCAAAGUGACGUAGGUAGAUUUUAACUCCACGAUUUUUAUUGGUAGCAAAACUGCAUUUGUUUUCAUUGGUUCGAAUGACAUUGGGAUGAUUAGGUGACGGACGGCUGCAAUACGGUACUGUACUGGGUACGGUACUCGUACUGUAACAGAGCAAAAGAUAGGAAGCAGCUGUAGGAUUGGAAGAAAUACCCGCCAAAAAUUUCGUCACGUUGCUUGGCACGAUUAUCGUACCGUACGUACCAUAGUACGAACCUAGACGGUUAAAAACGAGGAUCUGCUGUACUGUACGCGUUGUGAAGACGUGUCGGUCUUCUAAUAUUGCUUUCGUCCUGUCUCGAUCUUGACGCAACACACAUCAUCGUUUUUGUUUUGCCGAAACAGGCUCUUGGUGUUUGCAUCCUUUCAACAGGAAACGCACAAGAAUCGCCGAGGAUAUUCGGAACCGACAAGAACUCUUGUCUUUCACCUUUUGUUUGCCAACAAGACCGGUUCGUUCAUCAAUUUGUAGAUCAAACUAUCGCAUGCAAAAAGUUACUCUACCAACUUGCUGUUGAUCAACACAUCCCGUUUCAACACUUCCUACAACAAAACCCAGCAUCAAAAACAAUGUGGUUGGCAUCUUCGUCGAAGAGCAGCCGAUCUCUCCGCCACCGCUCGAUCACCCCCCUGAAAGGAAAGGGGAUGAUGCUCCUGGCACUUGUUCUCUUUACAGAGAGCGUCACCCUCACCAAGGCGGUCCGAUCGGUCGAGGCCUUUGGAGGAAGCGCCGGAGGCAGCGGCGCCGCUCGGGCCCAGCACGAGUCCUGUGCGGAAACAUCCGCCUCCUCCUCGUCUUCGUCCUGUGCGGCGAGUGGUGCCCAGGCAUCCCUCCCCCCAAUCGUUGGACGAGCCGGUGGCAGCGGCGGCCCCAUCGUGGCGGAGUGUUGCGCCGAAUUUAGGGCCUGYACGCGGAAAACGAAACCGGAAGGAGCGAUGGAGGAAUGCCUCGCCCUGUCCCGCGGGGGAUCCCUCGCGGCGACCGAGGCGGUGGGUGCCGCCGCGUCCGCUGCAGCCGGAACGGCCGUGGCCACCCCUCUCGGGAUUCCCCUGUACGGAUGGAAGAUCCUAUUCCAGGCGUUUCUGACGACCAUCAACGUGGUGUGUUGGCUGGUUCCGCUCCGGAGCAAGUCCUUUGGAGAAAACAAGCUGGCGCUCAGCCUGGCAAAYGCCUUUUCGGGUGGCAUCUUCUUAUCGCUGGCCUUUGGGCACAUGAUCCCGGAGUGCGUCCACGAGUAUGCGGCGUCUGCGGUAGGCGACUACAACGAGGCUACCCCGUACAUGCUGGUCCUUAGCGGCUAUCUGUUGAUUUUCUUUGUCGAAAAGGUGGCAUUCGAUGCUCACGAAAUUAUGCACGAAAUGGAACAAGGGGGACAGAGCGACGAUGGCAACGCCGUAUCGAAAAGCAGUGGAAGCGACGCAACCACCACCAAAAACACMGGCCGGUCGGCUAUGAUCCUCUUGGCGGCACUCGGGGUUCACAGCAUUCUGGAAAUGAUGGCACUCGGGCUUUCCGACAGUUUUAGCGAUUCGGCCAUAUUGACCSUCUCCAUUGCCCUGCACCAGGUAUGUCCUGUUGUGAUGUUGCAACUMAACACACCUCACCCCACCGAUUCGCUGUUGCUYUUUUUCGAUGCCAGCGUUGAUACGGUAUUAUUUGUUUGCUAAACCACCUUGCUUUCCUAUACAUUCGUUUCUAUAUCGUUGACUAUCACGYGACGCGACAAAAAACCACGCAUGCCGGUGGAUCAAACAAACAAAAUGUGUGUUUGUGUGCUCYUCACAGCCCGCUGAGUCGAUCGCACUCCUUGUAGCCUUUUUGAAAUCCGGCAUGCCCAAAAAGGACAUUAUCACCUUUUUGUCGGUAUUUAGCGCGAUGGGUCCGAUCGGUGUCGSCCUCGGAAUGGCCGUCAACGAAUUUGCGGCACCCAUCGUCGAUGCUAUUAUGCUUGCGGUGGUCGCCGGAACCUUUGUAUACGUGGGUGCCACCGAGGUGAUUCCGGAGGAAUGGGAAGACUCCGAGCACAAAUGGAAGAAAUUCUUUGCUCUGAUGGGUGGAAUCGUUUCGAUAUUUGCCAUUACCCAAUACACUAUGACGCUUGGGGUGUAAAAAAGGAACUCGGUUGCAACACGCACUCGAUCCACUCACCGAAACAAAAUGCAGAUCACUCAUUCUAAGCACCGUGAUUUGUUGUUUCCCGCACAAAAAAUCCACCCGCAAAGCAUCCUCAAGAAUGAUUCUGACCCGAAAUAUAUUGUGAUAAUUCAC